UGUGGCAACAAGGUUCCUAAUUUGAUUACACGUUAAGUGACACGUGUUCAAUGAGAGCUAAAGCUCCUUCCCAGACUAGUACCGAUUCUUUCUCUCAUUUUCGCGACUAUCUUCUUCGUGGAAGGAAAAAAGAAAAACCUGAAAGGAAACUAUGGAUGAUUCAACCCUGAUUCCUAGCUGCUUUAGAUCUUACGGAAGGAAAGAAAUCCCAGAUACUGCGUUACAUUUCCAUUCGUCAAAUAGGUUUCACGGAAAACCCACAGGUACUUCGAAUAGGUCUUCUUCUGUUCUUCGCCAUACCCAAGUCUUCUUUUCCAGGGCUAUUGAUCCUUCGCGGAAAUCAAGCAAUUUCUUGCGUCUAUUCUUCUACAACGACUAAUUCUCAGAGGGAAAGUCUCCAAAAAAAUUGUUAAAAUUCAUAUUCUUGGACUUCUAGGUUUUAAUUAAAAAAACUGCUCUACUUUCUUGAAUGUAGUCAUGGCAGCAAGGACGGUAUUUUGCUGGGACUAAGACACUCACAGUAACACCGGUUUGUUAUUUACACUGCUUGAAUUUCAAUUCAUUUUACUUCUUCAUGACAAAUGCUCUCUAAGAGUGUUUUGAACUUUCUUACACUCAAAAAUACAUGGAUUAGGAUCUCUGGUGCGAUUCAAAUGAUAGACUGUGAAAUUGUACAAGAGAGGCAUUAACUUAAG